ACCACGGCAGUGUACCUGUGAUUGGUCGAUCCUGCUUUGAAAGCCACCCUCUUUUGCAGCAAAGAGAAACGAGUCCUCAGAAUCGUGAGGAAAUUCGUGAGGAAAACAUCUAAUAUCAAAUAAUUGUCUCACGCGAAAAAAAAAAUUCCUUUUUUUUACCUUUUAAUUAAAAAGUUUUUUUCAUUCUUUUUUUUUUUUUUUAUUUCUAAGAGUAACUAUUGUUCAAGUGCCGGAAAAUUACUUUAAAUUCUUUGUUACCGGAAAUUUUGUGCAAGUGGUAUAUGUGGUGUAAUAAUUUUUUUUCUUUUUGUCAAAAAGAAAUUAUUUUAAAUUUAUUUUAUUAAUAUUUAUUAUUUUAAUAGAAAGAAAGAAAUUUAUUGAAGACUUAUUGAAGAAAUUUUUUUUUUUUUUUCGCUGAUCGAUAAAAAUUGAUCGAGCGAUGAUUUUGGAAAUAAUCGGUGACGUAAGAUGAGUAGCAAUAAAAAAUCCUCGGUAAAGGAUGAUAAAAAGAGCUCUUCGAGUAAAGAAGAGAGUCCAGUGGGUGCUAAGGAAGAUGGUGGUUCGGGAUCAACGGGAAGUAAUGGAGCGGCAAGUGGAGAACCAUCGCAACCAGGAAGUAAACCUGGUUCAGCGGGUGCAACAACAAGGGAAGCAUCGCAAAGACUUUUGGGUCUUGCAUCCAGAGGAGAAUGGUCACCCGUGGACCAGUUGCUCAAAUCUUUGGAGAAGGCGGCACAAAAUGCAGGCGAGGAUGGAAAUCCUCAACCAUUGUCCGGUGUCUUGGACACGACUACUGGAAUGACACCGUUAAUGUAUGCUGUAAAAGAUAAUCGUACAGCAUUUUUGGAUAGAAUGAUUGAUCUUGGUGCGGAUAUUGGAGCAAGAAAUAACGAUAAUUAUAAUGCACUUCACAUUGCGGCUAUGUAUUCUAGAGAAGAUGUUGUCAAAUUACUAUUGUCAAAAAAGGGUGUCGAUCCCUAUGUAACUGGUGGGCCAAGACAUCAAACGGCUGUUCAUCUUGUUGCUUCAAGACAAACAGGAACUGCAACUUCGAUACUUCGAGCUUUAUUAGGAGCUGCAGGACGAGACAUAAGACUUAAAGUUGACGGACGUGGCAAAAUUCCUCUUCUUCUCGCAGUUGAAGCUGGUAAUCAAUCCAUGUGUCGAGAACUUUUAGCCCAACAGGCUUCAGACCAACUUCGCGCCACAACACCUGCAGGUGAUUCCGCAUUACAUUUAGCAGCUAGAAGAAGAGACGUCGAUAUGGUUCGAAUUCUUGUGGAUUAUGGUGCUACAGUGGACAUGCAGAAUGGAGAGGGUCAAACAGCUCUUCAUAUUGCAAGUGCUGAAGGUGAUGAAACUCUAGUAAAAUAUUUCUACGGUGUUAGGGCUUCCGCUGCAAUAACCGAUCAUCAGGAUCGUACACCUAUGCAUUUGGCUGCUGAAAAUGGCCAUGCUUCAAUAAUCGAAUUGCUCGCUGAUAAAUUUAAAGCAAGCAUUUUCGAGAGGACCAAAGACGGUUCGACUUUAAUGCAUAUAGCAUCAUUGAAUGGUCAUUCAGAAUGUGCCACCAUGUUGUUCAAAAAGGGUGUCUACCUUCAUAUGCCCAAUAAACGAGGUGCUCGUUCAAUUCACACGGCUGCUAAAUAUGGACAUGUGGGAAUCAUCAGUACUUUACUUCAACGUGGGGAAAAGGUGGAUGCAACUACAAAUGACAAUUAUACCGCAUUGCAUAUCGCUGUGGAAAGCGCGAAACCUGCCGUUGUUGAGACUCUCUUGGGUUACGGUGCAGAGGUGCACGUCAGAGGUGGAAAACUUCGUGAGACGCCACUUCACAUAGCUGCCAGAGUCCCAGAUGGCGACAGGUGUGCGUUAAUGUUACUAAAAUCAGGCGCUGGUCCAAAUUUGACAACAGAUGAUGGACAAACACCGGUACACGUUGCAGCUAGUCAUGGAAAUUUGGCAACACUUAAACUCUUAUUAGACGAUGGUGGAGAUCCUAUGUUUAAGUCCAAAAGUGGAGAGACACCAUUGCAUUUAGCAUGUAGAGGUUGUAGAGCAGAUGUGGUUCGACAUUUGAUUGAAUUCGUCAAGGAGAAGAAAGGACAGGAAUUAGCGACGGCUUAUGUUAAUAGUGUAACAAAUGAAGGAGCAAGUGCACUUCAUUAUGCAGCUCAAAUUGAACCACCCGAUGUGGGAACACCUGGUGAUGAUAGGGCAGUGAUUCGAGCACUUCUCGAAGGUGGUGCCGAUGUUUCUCUACAGACGAAAUUAGCUCAAGAGUCUGCAUUUCAUCAUUGUGCCGUGGCGGGUAAUAAUGAAGUGCUAUCGGAAAUGAUUAGCAAUAUGUCAGCAACGGAGGUUCAAAAAGCUUUGAAUAGACAGAAUGCAGUUGGUUGGACGCCUUUGCUGAUUGCUGCACAUCGGGGCCAUAUGGAAUUGGUUACGAAUCUAUUGGCAAAUCACGCGAGGGUUGAUGUUUUUGAUCUUGAGGGUAGAUCGGCACUUCAUUUAGCGUCCGAGCAUGGAUAUCUUCAAGUUUGUGAUGCUCUUUUAGCCAAUAAAGCAUUUAUUAAUUCAAAAUCUCGUGUUGGAAGAACGGCUCUUCAUCUUGCUGCCAUGAAUGGUUAUACUCAUUUAGUUCGAUUUUUGGUACAAGAUCAUGCAGCGGCAAUAGACGUGCUAACACUCAAAAAACAGACUCCUCUUCAUUUGGCGGCUGGAGCUGGUCAGUUGGAGGUGUGCAAGCUGUUGCUUGAAUUAGGCGCCAGCAUAGACGCAACCGAUGACCAGGGCCAGAAGCCAAUACAUGCAGCUGCGAUGAACAACUACGCUGAAGUUGCUCAACUCUUUCUGCAGAGGCAUCCGAGUUUGGUGAUGGCAUGUACCAAGGAUGGUAAUACGUGUGCGCAUAUUGCAGCAAUGCAAGGAAGUGUUCGUGUCAUUGAGGAAUUGAUGAAAUUUGAUAGACAGGGUGUUAUUUCCGCUAGAAAUAAAUUAACAGAAGCAACGCCACUUCAAUUAGCUGCCGAAGGUGGUCACGCUGAAGUUGUUAAAGCUUUAGUAAGAGCUGGUGCUUCUUGCGCUGAUGAAAAUAGAGCUGGUUUUACUGCUGUUCAUCUUGCUGCCCAACAUGGACAUGGUCAAGUUUUAGAAGUUAUGAGAUCCUCUCAAUCAUUAAGAAUUUCCAGUAAAAAACUCGGUGUCACAGCUCUUCAUGUGGCUGCCUAUUUUGGUCAAGCAGAUACCGUGAGAGAGUUACUGACACACGUUCCUGGAACUGUAAAGUCUGAUCCACCGACUGGAGGAUCAUUAGUCGGUGAAUUGGGAAGUGAAUCAGGAAUGACGCCUCUUCAUCUUGCGGCUUAUUCUGGAAAUGAAAAUGUCGUUCGAUUACUUCUAAAUUCCGCAGGAGUUCAGGUAGAUGCAUCAACAGUCGAAAAUGGCUUCAAUCCAUUGCAUCUCGCAUGUUUUGGUGGACAUAUUACAGUGGUGGGUCUUCUUUUAAGUAGAUCGGCAGAAUUAUUGCACAGCGCUGAUCGUUAUGGAAAGACGGGACUUCACAUUGCUGCUACACAUGGUCAUUAUCAAAUGGUAGAAGUUCUCUUAGGUCAAGGUGCAGAAAUUAAUGCAACAGACAAAAAUGGAUGGACACCAUUGCAUUGUGCAGCGAGAGCCGGUUAUCUUGACGUUGUGAAACUUCUUGUUGAAAGUGGAGCUUCACCAAAAAGUGAAACAAAUCUUGGCAGUGCACCAAUUUGGUUUGCUGCAUCAGAAGGUCACAAUGAUGUUCUCAAAUACCUUAUGGAAAAGGAGCACGACACCUAUGCUCUAAUGGAAGACAAGAGAUUUGUCUACAACAUGAUGAUUUGCAGCAAGAGUCACAACAAUAAGCCAAUUGAGGAGUUUGUCCUCGUUUCGCCAGCGCCAGUCGAUACAGCAGCAAAAUUAUCCAAUAUUUAUAUGAAACUAUCGGAAAAAGAAAAGGAGAGAGCAAAAGAUUUAAUUGCCGCUGGUAAACAAUGUGAAACAAUGGCCACUGAAUUGUUAGCUCUUGCAGCUGGCGCUGAUUCGGCUGGGAGAAUUCUCACAUCAAUGGAUCGAAGGAAUGUGGAAUUUCUAGAUGUUCUUAUUGAAAAUGAACAAAAGGAGGUUAUUGCCCAUACAGUGGUGCAACGUUAUCUUCAAGAAUUGUGGCAAGGUAGUCUAAAUUGGAAUGCAUUUCGGACAAUUUUACUCUUUAUUGCAUUUCUUGUUUGUCCACCAGUUUGGGUGGUUUUUGCUCUACCACUUGGCCACAAGUACAAUAAUGUGCCGAUUAUAAAAUUCAUGUCCUAUUUAACAUCACACAUAUAUUUAAUGGUGUUUCUAUUGUUAGUGGGUAUCACGCCAAUUUAUCCAGUUGUUAGAGAGGCCCUUGUGCCCUAUUGGUACGAAUGUUGUCUUUUAGUGAUGCUCUCUGGAUUAUUGCUUUUUGAAUUGACAAAUCCCAGUGACAAAAGUGGUCUUGGCUGGAUAAAAUUGGCUGUAUUGCUUUUUGGAAUAUUCGGCGUUGCCUUUCAUCUAUUAGGUUUUGUUAUUGUUAAACGACCCUAUUGGCCAACAUUAUUGUACUUAAGAAAUCAAUUAUUCGCCUUAAGUUUUCUAUUGGCUUGUGUACAAAUCUUGGACUUCCUGUCUUUUCAUCAUCUCUUUGGACCAUGGGCAAUCAUUAUUGGUAAUCUAAUGAAGGAUCUGGCAAGAUUUUUGGCUGUCUUGGCCAUAUUUGUAUUUGGAUUCUCCAUGCAUUUUGUUGCUCUUAAUCAAGCAUUUGAAAAUCAAUCUUGGGAGCAGGCGAGAGCUGAAGAUCGUAAAAGGAAGAAUAACUUUUCAGAUGAAUUGACGAUGCCCGGUGUUACCGAGGUUUUAACGUCAUGGAUAAUGACGCCUCCACCUACGUCACUAGGUCGUCGCUCCGGACGCUAUAAGAAAAAGAAUGAUUGUUGUGACGAAAGCUCCCGAGAUUUAAAGAUGAAUCCUGUACUUGCCUUCGAGUAUCUCUUCUUUGCUGUCUUUGGUCAAACAACCCACAGCGAGCUCAAGGUCGAGUCCAAGCAACCAGAAUGGACCUCGGGUCUAUUCAAAUUGGCCUUUGGUGUUUACAUGUUGGUCUCAGUAGUGGUGUUAAUUAAUCUGCUUAUUGCUAUGAUGAGCGACACUUAUCAAAGGAUACAGGCGCAGUCCGACAUUGAAUGGAAAUAUGGUCUCAGUAAACUUAUUAGAAAUAUGCACAGAACUACAACCGCCCCUUCACCAUUGAAUUUGCUGACAACAUGGAUCGUUUACUUCAUCAAACUAUGGAAACAAAGGGCAGCCAAACGUAAACGUCCAUCUCUUGUACAUAUGAUGGGUUUACAACGUACGGGAAGAAUGUCACCACGUUCAAAAAUGGGUGCCAAGUGGCUCUCAAAAGUGAAAAAAGGCCAAGUUCGUCCCAAGGACAGUGUUGCACUUUCCUUAGUACACCUUAGUCCCUUAGGUAGUCAAUUGUCCUUCAAUAGUGCAACAAGAAUUGAAAGUGUCGUUGAUUGGGAUUCAAUUAGAAAGAAAUAUCUUGCACUCACUGGAAGUGAGCCUGAAAAGGAUGUCGAUAAAGAUGAAAAAGAAAACGAUGAUAAUGACGAGGAGGACAUUGGACCAACUGCAUCGAAUGCCUCAACAGUUCCUGUUACAGCGACAACUCCACCAAUAUAAACUUUUAUACUUGUUAUUAUUUCUAAAUUAUAAAUAUAAAUCUAAAUGUAAAUCUAAAUGUACAUUAUCAAGAGAAACAAGUAAAAUGAAAAUUAAAAAAUUUGUGCCUAAAUAGUUUUCAAAAGAAAUAAACAACAAUUUGCAAGGUGGUGCUUUGAUACGUCCCGUCAACAGACACUAAAUAUAGAAUCUAAGUAAGUAACAAACAAAAAAUCUCAACGAAAGUCUGUAUGCCAAAAUAAAUGUCAUGUGGACCAAUUCAUGAUCAGCAUGCCACUGGAAUAUGUUUUCAAUCAUUGUCUAUAAUCAUCCACGACGUCACAUCAUUCCUCAUUCCACAUGUCAAAUAUUAAAGGUAAUGACAAUUUUGAGAAAUAGAAAGUCUCUUUACUAGUUCAGUUUGCAUGGAUGCAAUAUCGUCGAGAUAUAUCCAUAUAUAUAUAUAUGAUUUAUUAUAUAUGAAUAUAUUUAUAUCAAAAUACUCUUUAGUAACCCUAGAAAUAUACGGCAAGAAUCUGUUUGUAAAUACAACGAAUUUAGAAUAGAAUAUAAGUUUAUAAUUUUCUUUUAUCAAAACGAUAGAUUUUAGCGAUUAAAUAUAAAUAUAUAUAUAUAAUUUUUUGGCAUGAUAAGUGCGUGCGAUUUCGAAUUUUUUGGC